CCGAAUGUAAAAUAUAGGUUCUCUCUUAAUCAUUUAUCCCGUAAAAAAAGAAGAGGAAGUGGAUAUACCCACUUUUCAACAUUUGUUCUCCCACCACUUCUAUCAUUUGUUCCCCCCACCAAUGAGGAGGAAUGAACAAGUAGUCAUAAAAACAAAAAUGUAAGCCGAAAGCUAAAAUCAACUGUUCUACCAAACAAAAGAGAUCCCAAAAAAUCUGUAGAUUUAAGCUGACUCCGAUCCUCCGGAACGAUUCCCUCUGAAGAAGAAGAAGGCAAGCAAGCAACAGCAUCACAUUUCUUCCUCUUUACUGGGAAUCCGUCUGAUCUUUACCAGAUGGAUGGUGAGAGGAAUGGGUAUACAGUGGAGGAAGCACUUGUCACAAUGGGAUUUGGGAAAUUCCAAGUUCUUGUGCUAAUCUAUGCCGGGAUGGGUUGGAUAUCUGAAGCCAUGGAAAUGAUGCUUCUCUCUUUUGUGGGACCCGCUGUUCGCUCUUCUUGGAAUCUUACUCCUCAUCAAGAAACCUUGCUAACCAGUAUGGUUUUUGUUGGAAUGUUGGCCGGAGCCUACACUUGGGGUAUUGUUUCCGACAACUACGGAAGGAGGAAUGGGUUUUUCGUGACAGCAAUGAUCACUGCUCUGGCUGGCUUAGCAAGUUCUUUUUCGCCAAACAUAACAGUAUUGAUCAUCAUGCGGUGUCUGGUUGGGGUUGGCUUGGGUGGGGGCCCUGUCCUUUCAUCUUGGUUCUUGGAGUUCAUUCCUGCUCCAAAUAGAGGCACUUGGAUGGUUGUUUUCUCAGCUUUCUGGACCGUUGGCACCAUUUUUGAGUCUUCAGUAGCAUGGAUAGUCAUGCCAAGACUGGGUUGGAGAUGGCUACUUGCACUCUCCUCCAUACCAUCCUCCUUGCUUCUUUUGUUCUACAGCUUCACUAUAGAGUCUCCGAGGUAUUUGUGCACAAAGGGGAGACAAGCAGAAGCCUUACGUAUUCUUGAAAAAAUAGCAAGAAUAAACAAAGCAACACUCCCGCCAGGAGUUCUUCUCUCUGACAGACAAGUCACUUCGACAGAAGACAAACAUUUGCUAUCACGUAAUGGAGAUGAAAGUGUGAAGUCUAAACUGGUGGAGUGCACUACAGGAUGGUUUUCUUCACUGAUCAUGCUUCUUUCACCAAACUUAGCCAGAUCAACUCUUCUCUUGUGGGUAGUUUUCUUUGGCAAUGCAUUCUCAUACUACGGCCUUGUUCUCCUGACCACCCAACUGAACACUGGUCAACAUAAAUGCUCCCCUUCGGAGUUUAAGUCCAAGAAUUCUGAGGCUAUUGACUACCGAGACGUUUUCAUCACUAGUUUUGCAGAGAUCCCGGGGCUUAUCCUAUCUGCUGUAAUGAUCGACAGAGUCGGCCGUAAACGAUCCAUGUCAUUUCUGUUCUUUGUGUGCUGCAUUUUCAUCCUCCCUCUCAUACACCCUCAGUCCAAAGGUCUAACAACAGCACUUCUGUUUGGAGCUCGAACAUGCAUCACCGCAACCUUCACCAUUGUGUAUAUAUAUGCUCCAGAGGUAUACAUGGUUCCAAUCCUGGUGCAGGUAUAUCCAACAUCAGUUAGGACCACAGGUUUUGGAAUCGCGAGCUCGGUGGCAAGGAUAGGAGGGAUAGUGUGUCCUAUAGCCGCAGUUGGGCUGAUACACGGGUGCCAUCAGGAGCUGGCCAUUUGGCUCUUUGAGUUUAUCAUCUUCAUAUCCGGCGUUUGUGUUAUCUUUUUCCCCUUUGAGACGAAGGGUCGUGCGCUCAAUGACAAGUUACCUGCCACAAACGUCGAGAAUGCCAUUGAGAUCAAAUAAUGGAUGAAUUGGUAGAUAUAUACAUCUCUGGUUUUACAAGUAUCUUUGUAUAGUCAUUUUUGGCAGUGGCUGCCCAUAUAGUAUUCAGUAUUGUAACUCCAUUUUUGGAGAGUGUUUAAUUAAGAGGGAUUGUCAAUCUCCACAUGUGGGACUUUAUUGGGUUGUUCUUGUUGUUUUGCAAUAAUAGUUCUUCUAUUUUGGGAUUUGUUUUGAACCCAACUCUAUGUAUUAUAGAGUACAUUACAGCAUAUUCUUAGCAAAAAUUUCUUAUGGAAUAAGGUUACAUUGUGUUU